AUGGCAGUCGAAUAUGAUUGGAAUCCAGAAGAUGCGAUUCCAGAAUCCAUCCGUUCAAUGCUCUCUACCCCAAAUAUCACUCGUGCCAAUUAUGUGAUAAUUUUUCUUGAGAUCAUCUCGUUAUUGAAAAAACAGAAACGUACUGGAUGGUUAGAUUUCAAUAUAAAGGAAUGUGAGUCCAUUUCCGAUCAUAUGUAUCGUAUGAGUAUUAUCCUGACUCUCCUACCUGAUCAAGUUGUGAACAUCUUAUCGCCAGAAAGGGAAACAGUGGUGUUGAAUAGGUCGAGGUGUGUUCAAAUUGCAGUAGUUCAUGAUAUGGCCGAAUCUUUAGUAGGAGAUAUCACCCCUAAGGAUGUUAAGGUGGGUAAAGAUGAAAAGCAUUAUCGGGAAAUAUCUACGAUGGAAUAUUUAACCAAGAAGUUGAUCAAGCCUUACAACGAAGCGGCUGCCUUAGAAAUUAUGGAAUUGUGGUUAGAAUAUGAAAACAUCAGUACCAUCGAAGCAAGAUACGUGAAGGAUAUCGACAAGUUUGAGAUGAUUCUCCAGGCUUUUGAAUAUGAAAAGGAGCACCUUUCAGUGAAUUUGGAGCCAUUUUACGAACUGAUUGCCAGUAUCAAAACUACAGAAAUCCAAGAAUUGGCGAAUCUGGUCUUGCAAAACCGAGAGGUUUUCUUAACAAACAAAAAGUAA